GGGCGGAGCUUCCUGUGGUGAAGCGGGGCGGGAGGAGCUCCGCUGCCUGCGCGGAGCCGGGUGGGCCGGGGAUGCGCCGGGACCCUGCGCGGGGAGGCCCCGGGCCGGGCGGACAUACUUAGCUAACACAAUAUUCUAAUUAUUGUGCUCACCCCACUGAGGUCAGCAGUACUACUUACACAGUGCCUCUCGUCACUGAUAAUUUUCUCUUCCUGCUAAUUACAGGAGUCCUAUUAGGAGCCAACAGCAUUUUUAUUUUUAUACUCUGCCACUGACAUUGCUUCAGUGCUUUCCCAGAACUAGUUCAGCCUGCCUAGUAAUUUAAAUCCCAUGUAUAUGUUGCUGCUCAGCUCUGCCCCAUUCCUGAGGAUAGGUCCCAGUUCUGCCCUUCAGUCACUGGCUUUCAUCACACCCUUAAGCAGUCUGAGCAAGCUACAGAAAUACUAUUUAAAACUUUAUUUUCACUUGUUCAGCUCAAGAAACUGGCCUGGUGUCACCCAAAGAGUCAGAGGGAGGAGCUACGCUGACAGUAACCCCAACUUAGAUUGUUUCAAACUUGGCCGGAUCUGUUCCUUAAAACAAAUCCCACUUUUGCCCUCUAAGUCUGAGCAAAAAAGAAAGUUUCUUGAAUCACAAAUCAGGUGACAGAGGAAUGAUUUUAGUGGCAUACAGAAUGCUUGUCCCCUAGUCAGGUUUGUUAUUCUCAUGUGGGGGGAAAAAAAUUAGAAGGGAAAUGUUGCUAACAGUUUUCUGCCUGUUCAGGGAGUUGAAUAGACUUAGUCAGUGGAUCUGGUGAGCAUCAGUAACAACAGCAGCCACAGCAGGAGCCAGCAGUGCCUGCGAGGGAAAGGGGCUCAUCCUGCCCCUCCGGGAGCUUGUAGGGAAGGUCAGGUGCUGAGUUCUGUCAGCUGGAACAAAGCAAAGUUCAGUUUAUUUCAAGCAAAACGAUACUGGUUUUACAGAAGUAAUUUUAUGACAUUUCUAAAUCUAUAUUGAACAUAGUUGUUUAUGAAACCUAUUUUAGCACUUUUUCACUGAUACGUAAUUAUUCAUCUUUGUAGCUUGGAUGAUUAAGGAGGAUCAUAGUUCUUCCUGUUCCUGCUUUAAAGUUGGUACUUUAGACUUGCAGUGAAAGUCUUCCAGGAGCUGUAGUGGUUAAAAGUCUCACUCAUUUAGGAAUAUAGAAACCUUUAUGAGUGCAAUGGCUGAUAGAUUUGUUCCUGUUUUUCUUUCAUCAUGACUACACUGCAGUUUAAACAUACUACCAGGCCACUGAAUUGAAGUAUUCCUAUCAGCCAAUGCCUACAUGCUUUAGAUACUCGCAACAAAGCAAGCAUUUUCCAUAAGCCUUGGUAUUUUAAGAUUGCUGUUUGACAGAAAGAGGUAAUAGUAGCACUUACUGGGUCAUUUCAGCUGUAGGCUGCAGGAUUGUUCAGAUAGUUUGUUAUUUGUGCUUAUUAGCAGGCUUGUAUUUUAGUGUGAUCACUCCCUACAGAAAGGGAAUUGUUAGCUUUAUUUUCAAGUAUCAGCUAAAAGUACUUUGGUACAGGAGGAAAACAGCUCAGAACCAUGUGCUCAGUAUAGAAAAACCUUUAAGUGAGGUUGAUAGCUAACCUGGGUUUAAAGCAGCGUUUGUUUCUCUGAACUAAGUGAGAGGUAGGUUACACAGCUGACCUAAGGCACUCCACUAGAACUGGAGAACCAGCGGAGAGCGCAUCACUGAGAAGGGGAGCUCUGAAGGAAAUGCUGGUACACAGUUUACACAGCUGAUGUAGACAAGGUUGCUGACCACUUGCCAGACUUCCUCUCCAAGCUGUUUAAAUGAGAAUGUCCCUGGCACAAAGAGUACUACUGACAUGGCUUUUUACAUUACUCUUCCUCAUCAUGCUGGUGCUGAAGUUGGAUGAGAAAGCACCGUGGAACUGGUUCCUCAUUUUCAUUCCAGUCUGGAUAUUUGAUACUAUUCUUUUAGUUAUGUUAAUUGUAAAGAUGGCUGGACGUUGCAAGUCUGGCUUUGACCCUCGCAAUGGCUCCCAGAACAUCAAGAAGAAAACCUGGUAUCUCAUUGCAAUGCUGCUUAAAUUAGCCUUCUGCCUUGCCCUCUGUGCUAAGCUGCAGCAAUUCACCACGAUGAAACUAGCCUAUGUGUUUAUCCCAUUGUGGGCCUUGCUUAUUGGGGGUAUGAUUGAACUCGGGUACAAUAUUUUCUACGUAAGAAGAGACUAAGCUGUACAUGGCUCUCUAGUCGGAGAUUUGGUACCAAUUUGCUGGAUUAUUAGUUUUGCCACAAAUGUGAUCCCUAAACCAGAAUGCCACCUAAGGAAACAUGCUGGAGACGUGACCUAUGUCAGGCUGAAGACCAGAAGUAGACUUGUACCAUUUUUUACUUUAAAAUGGUCAUACCUUCUCUUGUAAAUAAAAGUAUUUGUUCCACA